CGCAGACCCGCCGCGGGCGCCGGAGCGCAACGAGGGGCUCUGGGAAUCGCGGGCGGCGCCGGCGGGCGGCGCGGUGCUCGCGGGAAUCUCCGGGGCUGGGGCUUGACCCCGAGGUGCACCGAGCCCCUCAGAGCAGCAGUUUUGUGAGUACUACAGUAGCACAACCAUGUUUCGGAAUAGUCUCAAGAUGCUUCUUACUGGAGGGAAAUCAAGUCGUAAAAACAGAUCAAGUGACGGAGGGAGCGAGGAACCACAGGAUCGAAGGCAGUCAAGUGUAGACUCUCGCCAAAGCCGCUCUGGGCAAGGUGGCAUCUCCACAGAAAGCGACUGUGCUUUUGAACCAGACUACGCCGUCCCACCACUUCCAGUGAGUGAAGGUAUGCAGCACAUUCGGAUUAUGGAGGGCAUGUCUCGCUCUCUUCCAUCCUCCCCCUUACUCACACAUCAGUCUAUCAGUGUUCGGCUCCAACCUGUGAAGAAGUUAACUGCCCCUCUGAGGAAAGCAAAGUUUGUUGAGAGCCCACGAAUUCCAGAAUCCGAGCUUGGCUCACCAACCCUCUCUUCAGCUCAGAAACUGGACGUGGAUGCAUACUGCCCUGGUGAUGCUGAACAGGAACUUGGUCCCCCUCCGUCUGUAGAUGAGGCAGCAAACACACUCAUGACUCGUCUGGGUUUCCUGCUUGGAGAGAAGGUCACAGAAGUUCAGCCAGGUGACCAAUACAACAUGGAAAUACAGGAUGAAAAUCAGACCUCAGCAAUCACCCAACGGAUAAGUCCCUGUUCUACCUUGACUAGUAGCACUGCCUCCCCACCAGCCAGUAGCCCCUGCUCCACUCUCCCACCAGUCAGUACAAAUGCAACUGCCAAGGAUUGCAGCUAUGGAGCUGUCACUAGUCCAACCUCCACCCUUGAAAGCAGAGAUAGUGGCAUCAUUGCUACAUUGACAAGCUAUUCUGAAAACAUGGAACGCACAAAAUAUGGUGGAGAAAGCAGUAAAGAGUUGGGAUCCGGAGGAAACCUAAAACCUUGGCAGUCUCAAAAAUCCAGCAUGGAUUCUUGUUUAUAUCGAGUAGAUGAAAACAUGACAGCGUCCACCUAUAGUCUGAACAAGAUCCCAGAGAGGAAUUUGGAAACAGUUUUAUCACAAUCCGUACAGUCUAUUCCUCUGUAUCUUAUGCCACGGCCAAAUUCAGUAGCAGCCACAAGUUCUGCCCACUUGGAGGACCUUGCUUACCUGGAUGAGCAGAGACAUACACCUUUGAGAACGUCUCUUCGAAUGCCAAGACAGAGCAUGGCUGGUGCUCGCACACAGCAGGAUUUAAGAGUUCACUUUGCACCUUACAGGCCUCCAGAUAUCUCCCUGAAGCCUCUGCUGUUUGAAGUGCCCAGCAUCACUACAGAGUCAGUGUUUGUUGGCCGGGACUGGGUUUUCCAUGAAAUAGAUGCUCAGCUUCAGAGUUCAAACGCCAGCGUGAAUCAAGGAGUAGUGAUUGUGGGGAACAUUGGAUUCGGCAAAACUGCUGUCAUUUCCAGACUGGUGGCCCUCAGCUGCCACGGAACACGGAUGAGACAGAUUGCCUCAGACAGCCCACAUGCCUCCCCCAAACAUGUGGAUGCCAACAGAGAGCUGCCACUCACACAACCACCUUCAGCCCACUCAUCCAUCACCAGUGGAAGCUGCCCAGGGACUCCAGAAAUGCGCAGGCGGCAGGAAGAGGCUAUGCGGAGACUAGCCUCACAGGUGGUUGCCUAUCACUAUUGCCAAGCAGAUAAUGCCUACACCUGCCUGGUACCAGAAUUCGUCCACAAUGUUGCUGCUCUGCUCUGCCGCUCACCUCAGCUGGCAGCCUAUCGGGAGCAGCUUCUUCGGGAGCCUCACCUACAGAGCAUGCUGAGCCUUCGGUCCUGUGUUCAGGACCCCAUGGCCUCCUUCCGGAGGGGAGUCCUAGAGCCCCUGGAGAAUCUCCACAAAGAGAGAAAAAUCCCAGAUGAAGAUUUCAUCAUCUUAAUUGAUGGAUUAAAUGAAGCAGAAUUUCACAAACCAGAUUAUGGGGAUACAAUUGUGUCAUUUCUGAGUAAAAUGAUUGGAAAAUUUCCUUCCUGGCUCAAACUGAUUGUAACAGUUAGGACCAGUUUACAGGAAAUUACCAAGUUGCUGCCUUUCCAUAGGAUUUUUUUGGAUCGACUAGAAGAGAAUGAAGCCAUAGACCAGGACCUGCAGGCUUACAUCCUGCACCGGAUACACAGCAGCUCAGAGAUCCAGAAUAACAUUUCACUUAAUGGCAAAAUGGACAAUACUACAUUUGGCAAACUCAGUUCUCAUCUCAAGACCCUCAGUCAAGGGUCCUAUUUAUACCUGAAACUCACAUUUGACCUCAUAGAGAAAGGCUAUCUUGUAUUAAAGAGCUCUAGCUACAAAGUAGUUCCUGUUUCACUCUCUGAGGUUUAUUUGCUCCAGUGCAAUAUGAAGUUCCCAACCCAGUCUUCCUUUGACCGGGUGAUGCCUCUCCUGAAUGUGGCCGUGGCCUCUCUCCACCCAUUGACUGAUGAACAUAUCUUCCAGGCCAUCAAUGCUGGUAGCAUUGAAGGCACACUAGAAUGGGAGGAUUUUCAACAGAGAAUGGAGAACCUCUCCAUGUUUCUAAUCAAGCGCAGAGACAUGACUCGUAUGUUUGUACAUCCUUCUUUUCGAGAAUGGCUUAUCUGGAGAGAAGAAGGAGAGAAAACCAAAUUUCUCUGUGAUCCCAGGAGUGGUCAUACACUACUUGCCUUCUGGUUUUCCCGCCAAGAGGGAAAACUAAACCGACAGCAGACUAUUGAACUAGGACAUCACAUCCUAAAAGCACACAUCUUUAAGGGUUUGAGUAAAAAAGUUGGUGUAUCAUCCUCCAUCCUCCAAGGUCUCUGGAUCUCCUAUAGCACAGAAGGUCUUUCAAUGGCAUUGGCUUCUUUACGAAAUCUCUACACUCCAAAUAUAAAGGUCAGCCGACUGCUGAUUUUGGGAGGUGCCAAUAUUAAUUAUCGGACAGAGGUUUUAAAUAAUGCUCCAAUUCUCUGUGUCCAGUCUCAUCUUGGUUACACAGAAAUGGUGGCCCUGCUGUUGGAGUUUGGGGCCAACGUGGAUGCCUCUUCUGAAAGCGGCCUGACUCCUCUGGGCUACGCCGCAGCGGCAGGCUUCCUGAGCAUCGUUGUGUUGCUGUGCAAGAAACGGGCCAAGGUGGAUCACCUGGACAAGAACGGGCAGUGUGCUCUGGUCCAUGCUGCCCUCCGAGGUCACCUGGAGGUUGUCAAGUUCUUGAUUCAGUGCGACUGGACAAUGGCCGGCCAGCAGCAAGGAGUAUUUAAGAAGAGCCACGCCAUCCAGCAGGCCCUCGUUGCUGCAGCUAGCAUGGGUUACACCGAGAUUGUCUCCUACCUACUUGAUCUUCCAGAAAAAGAUGAAGAGGAAGUGGAGCGAGCACAGAUCAACAGCUUUGACAGUCUCUGGGGAGAGACAGCCCUGACAGCUGCAGCCGGAAGGGGCAAACUGGAAGUGUGUCGUCUGCUGUUAGAACAAGGGGCAGCAGUGGCCCAGCCAAACCGCAGAGGGGCUGUACCCCUAUUCAGCACCGUUCGACAGGGCCACUGGCAGAUUGUUGAUCUUUUACUCACCCAUGGGGCUGAUGUCAACAUGGCAGACAAGCAGGGCCGGACUCCCCUCAUGAUGGCUGCUUCUGAAGGCCAUCUGGGAACCGUGGACUUCCUACUUGCACAAGGUGCCUCCAUUGCUCUAAUGGACAAAGAAGGAUUGACAGCCCUCAGCUGGGCUUGUUUGAAGGGUCAUCUCUCAGUAGUGCGUUCUCUGGUGGAUAAUGGGGCUGCCACAGACCAUGCUGACAAGAAUGGCCGCACCCCACUGGAUCUGGCAGCUUUCUAUGGUGAUGCUGAAGUGGUCCAAUUCCUGGUGGAUCAUGGGGCCAUGAUCGAGCAUGUCGACUACAGCGGAAUGCGCCCUCUGGAUAGGGCAGUGGGGUGCCGGAACACUUCUGUUGUUGUCACUCUUUUGAAGAAAGGAGCCAAGAUAGGUUGUCAGACGUUACCGAGUCGCCCACGAGGUCCAGCCACAUGGGCAAUGGCCACCUCCAAACCAGACAUCAUGAUCAUCCUGCUGAGCAAGCUGAUGGAAGAGGGGGACAUGUUUUAUAAGAAAGGUAAAGUGAAGGAGGCCGCCCAGCGCUACCAGUAUGCUCUGAAGAAAUUCCCUAGAGAAGGGUUUGGUGAGGACUUGAAAACCUUCCGGGAGCUAAAGGUGUCUCUCCUCCUCAACCUCUCAAGGUGUCGCAGGAAAAUGAACGAUUUUGGAAUGGCGGAGGAAUUUGCUACUAAGGCCCUGGAGCUGAAACCGAAAUCUUAUGAAGCUUACUAUGCAAGAGCAAGGGCAAAACGCAGCAGCAGCAGACAGUUUGCAGCAGCCUUAGAGGACCUGAACGAGGCCAUCAAGCUGUGUCCAAACAACCGUGAGAUCCAGAGACUUCUGAUGCGAGUGGAGGAGGAGUGCAGGCAGGUGCAGCUGCCGCCGCAGCCGCCACAGCAGCAGUUACCGGAAGAGGCAGAGCCUGAGCCGCAGCGUGAGGAUGUGUACUCUGUACAGGACAUAUUCGAAGAGGAGUACCUGGAACAGGACGUGGAAAAUGUUUCCAUCGGCCUCCAGACGGAGGCUCGGCCCAGCCAGGCUCUCCCUGUAAUCCAGAGCCCGCCCUGCUCCCCGGCCCACCGGGACGCAGCCUGCGUCUCCAGCUCACCGCGCGGCUCUCACCAGGCCUUUGACUUCCGGCCCGGCAGUUCUGUAGGCUCUCCCACUAGACCGGGCUACCAGGCCACCUCCCCUGCCCUUUCUCCAACUCACCAGAACUCUCAUUACAGACCUGGCCCGCCACCUACAUCCCCAGCUCAUCAGGGGGGAUCUUACCGCUUUAGCCCCCCUCCUGUGGGAGGGCCAGGCAAGGAGUACCCGAGCCCUCCCCCGUCCCCUCUCCGUAGAGGCCCUCAGUACAGGGCCAGCCCUCCGGCUGAGAGCAUGAGCAUCUACAGGUCCCAGUCCGGCUCACCGGGGCGCUAUCAGCAAGAAACAAACGUUGGUCAGCUUCCCGGCAGACCAAAAUCUCCACUAUCCAAAAUGGUGCAGCGGCCCUACCAGAUGCCUCAGCUUCCUGUGGCAGUGCCCCAGCAAGGGCUCAGGCUACAGCCUGCCAAGGCCCAGAUCGUGAGAAGCAACCAGCCCAGCUCGGCAGUUCAUUCAAGCACCGUCAUCUCCACAGGGGCCUAUGGCCAAGUAGCCCAUUCAAUGGCUAGUAAAUACCAGUCUUCACAAGGAGACAUAGGAGUAAGUCAGAGCCGGUUGGUUUAUCAGGGGUCAAUUGGGGGGAUUGUAGGGGACGGCAGACCUGUGCAGCAUGUGCAGGCCAGCCUGAGUGCAGGGGCCAUCUGUCAGCAUGGAGGGUUGACCAAAGAAGACCUUCCACAGCGACCUUCCUCAGCAUAUCGAGGUGGCAUGAGAUAUAGCCAGACACCACAGAUUGGGCGUAGCCAGUCCGCAUCCUAUUACCCAGUCUGUCACUCAAAACUAGAUCUGGAGCGUUCCUCCAGCCAGUUAGGUUCCCCCGAUGUGUCACAUUUAAUCAGAAGACCUAUUAGUGUCAACCCUAAUGAAAUCAAGCCCCACCCGCCGACCCCCAGGCCGCUGCUGCACUCCCAAAGCGUAGGCCUCCGUUUCUCUCCAUCCAGCAAUAGUAUCUCAUCUGCCUCCAACCUAACUCCUACCUUCCGGCCAUCCUCCUCGAUUCAACAAAUGGAGAUCCCACUGAAACCUGCGUAUGACAGGUCAUGUGACGAGCUGUCGCCAGUGUCUCCCACUCAGGGAGGUUACCCCAGUGAGCCCACCCGAUCCAGGACCACACCAUUCAUGGGGAUCAUAGAUAAGACAGCCCGGACUCAGCAGUACCCCCAUCUUCACCAGCAGAAUCGGACCUGGGCAGUGUCAUCAGUGGACACCGUUCUCAGCCCCACGUCUCCAGGCAACCUGCCUCAGCCUGAGUCCUUCAGUCCACCAUCAUCCAUCAGCAACAUUGCCUUUUAUAACAAAACCAACAAUGCACAGAACGGCCACUUGCUGGAGGACGAUUAUUACAGCCCCCACGGGAUGCUGGCUAAUGGGUCCCGUGGAGACCUCUUGGAGAGAGUCAGCCAGGCCUCCUCAUACCCUGAUGUGAAGGUGGCUCGGACCCUCCCUGUGGCUCAGGCAUACCAGGACAACCUGUACAGGCAGUUGUCCCGGGACUCUCGACAAGGGCAGACAUCCCCUAUCAAACCAAAGAGACCAUUCGUGGAGUCUAAUGUUUAAAAGACAUGUGUUGGAGUGAGACCCGUAUGUUUUCACUGCACAUUUUCAGGCUUGGUUUCCACAUUCGAGGUACUUCUCUGGCUUAAUUUCCCAUGUAGUUUCUGUGUGGUGUUCAGAGGUGGCAGCCCACGUGCUGAAAUCCUUUGCAUGCAGCUGACUGGGAAGCUGGCCGCCACUGAGCCAGGACUUGAGUUUCUCUCAUCUCUGCCCCAGCCACAUGCUCUCUCCCUCUCUUCCAAUGCCAACGAGGAGAUUGUGUCGUGUGCUUUAACCCAGGGAGAUCAGACACGCUGGUCAGCAUUUUCCAGGAGACAAUCGCGUUCACUGAUGUUCUUGUUGUGUAAAUGUCUUUCUCCUUUUUUACAGAAGUAAGAUGUUCUUGUUCGUUUUCUUCUAGGAACUUUAGAAAGAGUGUGACGCCCCUUUGCCUUGCAUUCUUAUCCAGUGUUAUCCGAAUAGCCAGCCCCAGUGCAUCCUUGUGCCAUGGCCUCCUCCCCUGAGGGCCAGCUCCCUGCAGUCAUCAGGUCUAGAAUGUUCCUUUAGAUUAUUGCUGGUCUUCCUGUGGGAGCAAAAGGGUCCAGGAGAAAAAGAAGAAACAAGUCUGUUAAAUCGAAAGGAAAUAAACAAUAUAAUCAUUUGAAAUGUCACUACUUUGACUUUCCAAGAGGCAUUUUAGGAACAUUUAGAAACUAGACCUUCACAUAUUUCAGUCAGCCAAGGGAAUUGGAUGAGAAUCAUGGAUAUUUUUAAAUAAUUCACUGAGAGUUAUUCUUUAGGUUUUUAGCCAACAAUUAACCAUUAAAAGCUAGAUUUUCCAUGGGUGGAGGAGGGAAUGAAUAAGUAUAUAGAAAAAGAGACUGUCCUGGAUUCUCAGUGACAGGCUGUAGAAAAUCUUUGUCUUUGAGAAAUCUACUUUUUAGGUCCUGAUACACCACUGAGCAUCAUAUUCCACAAAAAAAACAAACUUUCUGAAGAUUACUGCAAUAAUCCUGUUAGCUGGGUCUUUGCCUAGAGCCAUAUUUUGUUCUCCUGACCCUCGUUUUUUUUUUUACACCCAGAUGGUAUAGUGAAGAAUUUGUUUCUUUGAGAAUCAAACUGAAUUCUCUUGAGACCGUGAGACUUAUUCCUGGAGUUUACAGCCAGGGCCAUCGCAUUCCAUGUUGUCUAAUUCCACUUUGAGGUCUAUAGUUUCAUUACCAUUCUAGGAAUUGUUUCUCUUCUUUUUCUAGAUAGGAGUGUUUGGGGAGCAAUAUUUGAGAACCAGACACAGCCAAGUGUUUCAGGCUGACAAAGACCACUUUGUGCACUGGGGAGGGCGCAUGAGGUAGCCAGUCUUCUGAUCCAGCCAUCCCACACACAUCUUCUAUGUCUUAUGGUCCUCUGCUAACCUGUCCUUUCUGUGGCUGAGGCUGGCAUGAGAUGGACAGCAAGAACAUGGAAACCAAAGCCUUAGCACAGGCCUGGUACCGACUGCACAUCAGUUCUUAAACUUUAAGAACCUAAACAAAAGAGAAUUCGUUGUCUGUUACUAGAAAUCAUUCUGCUCUUGUUAGUAAAGGGCUACAGGAAGAGCAGUUUCCUGAAUAAAAAUCCAGAUGUGAUCAAACCUGUUAAGUGUCCUCAGAAAGUAUCACCAAGACAUGGGAAGCAUGAAGCUGAGAUCAGAAACAUUUCUUUACUAACCUAGAUCCUGCCAAAUAGAUGGACCCCUCUGCCCCCAGGCCUGAAACAAGCAGGUCUCUGUACUAGGAGCAGACAGUUGGGCUAACUCAAGCCCCAGACUCUUUCCACUCUCUGAUGCUUAAGGACUAUCUCCUGCUCAGCUGCAGACAUCUGUGUCUCCUCUCUAACCCCCAUCAAGAAGAUGAGAUGUACAGCUAUAGCAUCAGGCUACAUCAGGACCCCAGCAGCCUCUCAGCUCCCUCUUUGUACAGGUCUCAGCCCUAUGGGGCUUUUUGCAUCCCAUCCCUUUCUAACCACCUCUCACUGAGGAGCUGCUGCUACAUUCUGGAAAUUUCUCAGUGUCUAUUAGAAAAGUGCCCCUGCUUAUUUGGAACACCACAUGUACCACCUGCAUUCACCUGCACAGGUGGGUGAGCAAGUUCUGUAUUCUACAAAUACACCACUGAUGCCACUUCUCCCCAGGGUCUCUCUAGGUUUUCCUGAACAAACAGGAAAUGUAGGGCCUAUGCCUUAUUGGGCAAAACACCUAAAAUGUCAGCAGUCAAAAUGCAAUUCUUUUUUAGCCACUGUAAGAGGGAGUGAAUAUCACUACUGGGCGCCAGUUGUUUUAGACUAGAAAAUUGCCAACUGGACCUUCCUGGGGCAGGAGACAGAGUUUCCUUGUAAGCAGAUUGCUGUGCCCUGUUUUGCUACUUCACUGCCAUGGGAUGAUCUUAGUACUGUAUCUUAGAGAUGCCCCUCCCCAGCACACUUGCUGAAUCAAUGUCUGGCUUCAGGUGGGGGGGAACUUUUCAAAUGAAACUGCAAAGUUCCACUCACCCAGUUCACAUCACCCUGAGAUGGAAGCAGUGGUGACAAACUUCAACUUACAGGUUUCUCACCAAGUUGUGUGUUCUGUUCGUCCAGAAUUCUUGCACUAAUGGGUUUCCAUCACAUCAUGUCUCUAAAUGGGUGCGCUUUACUGUUUGACUUUGUAACUCUGAUAAAUACUGGAUAUUUAAGUGUGAGUAAUGUCUUCAUUAGAAAAUAGCAAAACCACUCUUGUCUUUUAGUGUAUUUUUCAAGAAAAAAAGGAAAAAAAAAGGAAAGAAAUCUAGCAGUGGAUCACAACAUUUAUAGCACAAGAAAUAACUGUUGUAUAUAAGCAUCAAAAAGACUAAGAAUUUUUCAAUACAAAAAAAUAUUUGCAGUGAUUUUAAAGUGCUUUUCCAGCAAUUUUCUUAGGGACUCCUGAGACAUGGUUUCUUUAUUUACUGGAUCAGUAAGGCACACAAUUAACAAUUAAAAAUUAAUGUUUAUUUACAAAGUAAAGGGAAAACCUGUGUAACAUGAGAAUUUGGCAUGGACAAAAUGGAGGCCAUUUUGUAUCUGCUGUUGUACCUUGUCCAGGUUGCUGACGUGCACUAUUAAAGUCCCAAGUUAAUAGAGCACAAACCCUUCUUGUUCCUCUCCCAUGUACCCCUCUUUUUAGAUGUGUUUAACUUACACUCGAAGGCUCAGGAAAAUUCCACUAAUUUGAAUCAUGUACAAUACAUCAGGUCAUUGUCCAGAGAUACAAGUUUGCUAAUUUAGUUAACCUGGAUUAUAACACUUUUCCUAAAUUAUUGUAAACAGAACAGCAUAGAGAAAGGUAUUCUCAGUCCUUAUAUUGUAUAGUAGUUUAAGAACCCCUCUCUAAAUAUUGGUAUUUUUAUAUUCCAGAGAUGUACCCAAUAGAAAAAUUAAUCAGUAUCUAAUUUAAUGUCCAUAAGUAUUUUCCUUAGAUUUUAAUCAUAUACGGUGCGUUAUGUGGAUGUCACCGUGCUUCACCAUACUUUACCACUAGGUGUCCCUGUGGCUCUGCACCAGGCUUGUCUGGUGGCAAAGAAGGGCAGCAUCUCCUCUGGAGGAGGCUCGUCCUGGUCAGCAGGCGGCCCAUAGGCUCAGAGCGUCCAGGAAGGAGGGAAGAAAGGCCUGGAAGGCGUCUCUGGCCUCUCUACCAGCUGUAGAUAAGCUCUUUGAACACUACCUGCUUUGAGCCCUCAGCCAGGGAGAGGCUGCCUAGAAUGCCCUUGCUCUGGUGGAUGGAUGGGUACAUGGAAGACCCCUUUCUGCCCUGUGGGCACCCCUCUCAGUCCCUCUCGGCCUCCAACUUCUGUAACUCCAGAGGUGUCACGGUUGGUGAUUUGAUUGAAAGAUAGUUAUUUUUCUACUGCAGAAAUGCCUUGGACAAAACCAGUUGCUCACUGAAUCUUUGCCACAAAAUGGAAUAGGCUCCCCCAGGCGGGCAGGAUCGCCCACCCCUGUCCCAGCCUCGCCCGUCCUGCCUGUCUGUCCUUGGACUGCCGCUUCUCAAGAAGCCAACCCACAAAGGCAGCCUGCCGCUGCCUCACUGCCCUGUUGCAUGCGCAUUGGGAGGUGUGGAAAUUGCAUUUCUCCUUUUCCUCUAGGAAUUCCAGACUGACCAUCUACCAUGAUAACAACAAUGAACAAAGGGCUUAGGGGUAAGAGCUACCUGCAAAGACGUGUCAUGGAAACCUUCACCAUGCAAUGCCUUGAACUCAGCUCUGGCUGCUCCCAAGAACAGGUGGCUAGUGGGGUCCUGGACACAAGCACAAUGGGGCUGGUGGAGCCACUGUGCAGAGCUACUUGAAUAAUCACUGGGUCUUCAUCAACUCCUUUUAUAACAGACCACUCAAGGGCUGAAGUGUUGGUAACCUGCAUUCCGGUGUCCAAUGCCUCACAGCAGCUGAACCCCCCUGAGAUGCUUGUGGCCACUUGCUGGCCACAGUCAGAGCUUUGAAAGUCAGAACCAAAUGAAUGCAUAAUUGGACACCAAAAAUCAAGUGUUACUUCCAUGUUUCCUCACCCACAUCAUCUCAUUUCUUCCUACUGACUCUGGUAUCCCCACUAGGCUGGCCUGUCAGUUGUUGGCUGAACGCAUACAGACGCAGGCCAGCAUCACUCCCAUUUUUUCGGAUUACUCUGGAAAGGAAGGAGCCUAGCUGCUUUGUUUUUAUAGCAUUUGCUGGCUGGAUUUUUCUUUUGCCUGACUACUAACCAGAACAUCUGGUUAGGGGGACUCAAUGCUUUUGGUCCCCAGGACCAGAUAGAGUUAAUUCUGGAAAAUUCAGUACUUGAAUAUACCUGCCUUAUUGUGUACCAACUUACUGGGAAAAAGAGUUAGAAAUGCCGGCUCCAGAUUUCUCCUUCAUUCACAGGUUAUUUUGGAAAUCCUGUAAGUUACACUUCCUGUUCUGGUUUGGGUUUGGGGGAUUUUUUUUUCCCUUUGGCUGAUUCCUGCUGCGUGGGGCCAGCUCUUCUUCGGGCUCACGGCAGGUGCCAUUCUCAGGCAUGGCCCUCUUUCCACCUAGCACAGUAUCUUUGUCUCUGUUCUGUCUCCUCCAAAUCCAAGAUGAUUUUAAUUAGUACAGACAUGUACAGUCUACAACUAAAGAGUGAUUUGUACUAAUAUGAUUUUGAUUCUUCCUCUUCUUUGCUGUCCUUUCAAGACACUUGCUGGAAAAAGCUUUAAUGCACUUAGUUUUCCUUUAGGUUUUCUAUAACACAAAUGUAAAGGACUUCUCUGUACAGUAUAUAUUACCCAAUGCAUGUUCGUUCUCUAUCCUGAUAUAUUGAACACCACACAGUUGUGAACUCGUGCAGUGGGGAUGUCCCACACCCAACAGAGGCAUCUAGCCCCCUGUGUAUAAGGAAAGACAGUUUCCUCUGCUGUACUUGCUUGAGCAGUUUUCUCGUCUGUACAUGUGAGCUGUGUGAGAUAGAUGUGAAAAGUUAAAGGAAUGCAUUUUCCUGCCCAUGUAUACAGAUCACCAUCUGUACAAUGAACUGUAUGUAUGAAAGCAAAUGUACUUAUUUAUAAAUGGGUAACACUUGGAAAAA